AUGGACCAAGAAAUGGACCUCACGCUGUCAGGAGCGGCACGUGCUCCAGCUCUUGCAUCAACAUCAAGCGUCUACCGAGCAAAGGAGCCGUUCCAUGUGCAGGUCAUUCCGCCGAAUGCUCAAGCGAACGCUUCGCCAGCCUACGUCACACAUCUCCUCUCGCUCUCGACAUCCUUCGGCGUACCAACACUGCUUGCUGUUGCGGACGACAGCACGCUCACGCUGAUCGACAAGACGUCGGGUGUUGUUGCCGAGUCGCACCGAGCGUUCAAGGAUGCGAGGAUCACACAAGCCAAGCCACUCGGCACCGGAUCCUCUGCUGGCAGCUUCGUGGCUAGUGUCUCGAACGGUACCGUGGCAUGCUGGGACACACGGAUUGGAUUGACGAAGCCAGUAUGGACGCUACAGGGGGCGUCGAAAGCACCGUACCUGUGCGUCGAGCCUUCGCCGAACGACAAGAACACGGUGGUGGCGGGCACAGAGCAGUACGGCCACGGAGACAGUGACAUUGACAUCUGGGACAUUCGCUCCCUAGCAGCACCGAGGAGCAAGUACAACGAGGUGCACAGCGACGACAUCACUGUGCUCCAGUAUCAUCCUGAUGCGGCAAAUCACGCUGGCAUCCUGCUGAGUGGAUCUACGGACGGUCUGGUGUCAGCUAUCGACACGACCAUCGCGGAAGAGGACGAUGCGGUGAUCUCGGUCGGCAACACGGGCAACUCUGUAGCGAGAGCAGGAUGGAUUUACUCGACAUCAUCUGCCGCUGGGUUGUCGAGUACAGCAGGUGCGAUGGACACGGCCAUGGACGGAGACGAAGAAGCCGACCUUUCCCAAGUCGAGACCGAAGCACGCCGUCGAGCACUGGGCAAGGUGUGGGCGGUAGGAGACAUGCAGACGCUCUCUCUCUUCGACGCCGACAAGUUCGAUCCCAUUCUGGUCACCACAGACGUUCGAUCGUCUUCGUCCCUCCGACCACCCUGGUCCACAGACUAUGUCAUCGACGCUUUCACCACUCUCCCCUCCUUCCCGAACCCCUCGGCGAAUGAGGAGGAACAGCUCAAGCUCUUCGUUGGCAAGUCGGAAGGCGCUUUCGCGACCAUCUCCGUACCUACUUCAGCCGCGGACGCCACAUCAAGUUGGAACCUCCGAGCGGUGUUCCCAGAGCAGGGGGACGGUACCUUUUACGGUCAUGCGGACAUCAUCAGGUCGGUCGAAUGGGACGGUGCCACCAACACGCUGUAUACUGGUGGCGAGGACGGAAACCUGUGUUUCUGGAACUUUGACUCGACUUCUGGCCAAGCGGUGGCGACAGGAUCGAUCGCGUUGGGCUCAGCUCCGCCAGUACCAGCAGCGAUGUCGUACAACGGAGCUGGAGAUGACAGUCAGAGCUCGAGCCGGUCGGGCUCGCGCAACGCUACUCCAGGGCGAUCGCAACGAUACACGCCGUACAAAUAG